AUGGCUGAUUCUAACCGCAAAACAUGCCGCACGUUUAAGGCAGAUAUUGGGCCUUUUCACGUAAAUCUAAAUCCAGUGGUCACAGUGAUAUCUGCAUCCGUCGUUUGGGGGCUUGUCAUGUGGGGUAUGUUGGCCGACACUGACAAUGUAUCUCAAUACAUGACCGAAGGCAAGAGCUGGAUCACGGAAAAGUUUACCUGGCUGUACAUCGGGACUCAGGACGCUUGGUUUCUUUUCAUUGUGGUUGUCUACUUCUCGAAAUAUGGAAAGAUGAGACUUGGCAGAGAUGACGAAGAACCAGAAUUUAGCGAUGCUGCAUAUUUCACAAUGUUGUUCUCAGCGGGCGUUGCGAUUGGCUUGUUCGAUUAUGGUGUCGCUGAACCGAUCUACCAUUACGAGCCCGGGACGUAUGGAAAUCGGUAUUGGGGAAG